UAAGUUUGAGCCACAAAAUACACCAGUUGCCAAAUGUGUGAUCAUCACGGCACCCAGACAUGACAGCAUCUGAGAGAAAGUGUCAUCUUUUAUCUAAUUCUGGCUGACUUUUACCCCAUCAGCUACCUAACCCCCUGGAAAAACUGGAGUUGGAAAGCUAAAUGACCUGCAGUGACAGAAACCUUUAAGGAGGAAGGAUGGAAGUGAUUUGGACAUUUUUACUGCACUGCCUGUAUUGAGAGAGGAGGGGCGCUAGAGAUCAAGACUCAAAGGCUCCGGACAAUGAAGCGCUCCACUCCUCCCUCGCUCCACUCCUCCCUCGCUCCGCACCACUCAGACCUGUUUCCUCGCGCUCGAGUUUUGACAGAAAACUCAACACCGUCGGGGGACAAACAGACUUUCUCCUCCUAAUUCUGUGAGCUUCAUGUUGAGCCCGUUUCCUUCCGACACCAGCACCAGCAGCACCACCAGCAGCAGCAGGACUCUCCCGGGUCACACAGUCGUUCAAGUCGUCGCGAGGCACCGGUUUCUAAGCCUGAGAGGUGAAUGGUGUGAACCGCGCUGGAAUGCAAAAGGAUUACCAUCUGACCUUAACUCAAAGGAGGCGAAGCAACCAGACCAUUAGAUCACACGUUUUCUGAUCUCUGCUGCACUUACAAUGCCUUUGAGGUUAUAAUGUCUACGCUAAAGCACGUUAUUCUGCAAGACAAAGAGCAGGACGUUGAGAAGAAGCUGGACUGGAGUUACAUCGAGUGGGUCGAAAAUGAAGAUGUCAGCACAGGUGUGGCAGACGCACAGACGCAAACGGACCGGGGGCCUUCUGAGCACAAAGAGUGUCAGACCAGCAACCCGGUCAUAAUGCACAUAGAUUUCACACGGACACAGUCCAAGCUGAGACAUUCAUCCCUGGUGGACACCGACGGCUUGGUAGCACCUUUCUUCCAGUUUGACCGGCAGGCCCCCGGCCGAAUCUCCACCUCUCCCACCUUGAGGAGGAUGAGGAGCACCCGGCGUUCUCUGACGGAUACCUGGGAUCAUGUCAGGAUGGGGAGCACUCAGGAGGAGCCUUCCUCGGAAGGCACGCCGUCCCCCAUAAUCCCCCUGUCCCCAGUACACAGAGUCAAAUCUCCCCUAGCAGCCAGCCCCCUCUCUGAUGGAGAGAUGUGUCAAGAUCAUCGGCCCAUUUCAUCCUUCGGCCGACAGAGAACCAGAUCACAUAGAUCAAAGACUCUUGACAACGGCGUCACUCCCAAGAGACAAGAAUGUCGCAGUGCUCAUCCUACUCUCAUUAAAAACUUUGGAUUUCCUGAUAGUGAACUACAGGAGAAAGAGCAUUUCCGUAAUCGGCUUCAGGAGAGGAGGCGGAGCUCCGUGGUGGUCAGCCUGCCUGGAUUGGAUGUUUCACCAGGAGACCUUUUUGUAUCCAAUGGAGCAGCUCACAUAUUAAAUGGUUCAAACUUCUCUGAUACUAAGAAGCCAAAGUGGCCUUUUUCAAGGCGUAGUACGACUAAAGGGAAAUCACAGACAGGCACGGCAUCAGAGAUUGAAAAAUAUCUCUCAACAUUGCAGAUUCAAGACUGGAGAAACUCUGACCAUCAGAGGUAUAAGGACUACUCUCUGGCAGAGUUCCUGCGGGACCAGUCUUCCCAGGUGAGCGCCACCUCUGACCCUCAGGGCUUUAAGAAACAGGAGGCCAUCUGGGAACUCUUCACCAGCGAGUGUGUUUACUUCCUGGAUCAGCUCAUGGUUCUCAAAGAGGUGUUUUCGGCUACACUCACAAACCUGCAGAUGAGAAACUGCCUGACUGAUGUCGACUCCUGGAGGCUGUUUGCAAACCUCAAUGAGCUUUGCCUGGUGAGCUUUGGUUUCCUGAACAACCUCCUCCGCGUCAUCAAGGACACGUUAGAGAUUACUGAGGGUGUCGGGCCCACCCUGCUGGAGCUGCUGAGCAAGGCUUUCCAGGAGAGCAUAUGCCACUGCCUGCAGAAGUACUGCCUCAACUACUCCACGGCUCUGCUUUAUCUGGCCAGCCUGAAGCCCAGAGAGGACUUUGGAUGCUAUGUGAAGUGGUGCGAGAGGAACGAGCAGUGCCGGAGGCUGCGACUGCGCGACCUGCUGGUGGCGCCGCUGCAGAGGCUAACUCGGUAUCCGCUGUUGUUGCGGAAUAUCGUUAAGAGGUGCCCUAUGGAGGACGAGACCAGAGGCCUGCAGGCUAUAGCAGAGCAGGUGGACAUGUCUAUAUGUGAUUUGGAGGGGAAGGUGAAAUGGCUGGAUAACUACCAGAAGGUGAAACAGCUGAGAGACGCCCUGCUGUGGCUGCCUGUGUGGGAGAGAGACAAGCGCGCCUUCGUCCCUGAGAGUCUGAAACAUCUCUUAAAGGCAGUCACUCUAGAGAACCUUAUUUCUCACAGAAGUCUGCUGCACGAAGGCAAACUGGUGCUCACAGAGAACACAAAGCUGAUAGACGUUUAUCUGUUCCUGUUUGACGAGUUCCUGCUGAUUACAAAGAUAAAGAGAAACAAGAAGAGGUCCGGCGGUCCUGAGCAGAAUCCUCUGAGGCUGCCACAGAACCUGGAGCUGGAUCAGCUGCUGAAGGAGGGGUGCACCUUCACAGUUCUGGACCAGCCCAUCUCUCUGGACCGACUCCAGCUCAAGAACAUUGAUCAGCUCAAUGCCUCAACAUCUGGGCUGCCUCAUUCUUUCAUAAUCAUGCACCAGAACCGCUACCAGCAAUGCAUCGGUGCAUUCAUCCUGCAGGCUGCAUCAGAGUCUGUCAAGAGAGCGUGGAUGUCGCAGAUAGAGGGCGCUGUGACGGCGCUGCUGAAGCUGGACUCUCAGCAGCCGCGUGUCAAGAGCGCCUCCCUGUGGCUGGAGUCCUCACAGAUAUGACCCAUCCAACAGCAUUAGAAGCCAUCUGAAUUAUUUCUACUGUCAACGCGCACUUCACUGUCUCCCGACGUCCUGUAAAAGACUGUAUUAGCACUAGGAUCAUUUUUAAACUAAAUGUUUGCCUUUAAGGGCGGCUGCUGCAGGACUGUACAAUAAAUGUCUGAUUACGUAGUG